GGAAUUAUUGAAGGCAUAAAUGACCUAGGUUAUCUGCCGUUUAAAACCUUCUCAAUCUUUUCAAUGACUCGCAGAACCUCCAAUCGAAUUUGCGUAGCUCACUUGGUAUAAAUACAUAUUAAAAUCAUUUCUAAUCACUGGAUUUAUCUGGGUAUUUUUAAAUUCAAAAUCCAGUUCUCCGGCAGUAGAAUGUGCUUCUUCAUGCAGUGCAGAUUGGUGAACUGUAAUUAGGUUAAACAUUAUUGGACUGGAUAUGAGCUGAUUUGUUCUGAAAAUGAGUAGACUAUCAAUUCGACCGCGGCCACUCGACUUUAACAAGAAGCUGCCCAUUGUAAAAUCUUUCAAGGACUUUGAUGAUGACAUAGAGCUCCCCUCCAAUACCCGCAACCAGAUUCUACGCCUUGCAGCUGAAGCUGCAGAAAAUGAGGUACAUCAAGUUUCUGUCAAGAAAUUGGUUUCUGAAAUACCUACUCCGGAGUCGGUUAUUGUAGAUACAUAUGAAAGAGAUUAUUUGCCCAAUUUUGCUCAACCAACGUCAUACAUUCAUGCAAGAGGAGCUCGAGCUGAGCUUGGAGAAUUUGUGGAGUAUGAUCUUGACAAUGAAGAUGAAGAUUGGCUUCAGGAGUUCAACAAAGAAAGAAAACCCCUUCCAGCUGAAACGCUUGAGAUGAUACUGUUUAAACUGGAGGUUUUAGAUCAUAAGACCCGGGAAAGAGCAGGAGUAAUUAAUCCUACUUUUGCAUCACCAAUUCCCGUGCUUCUUAGUUUUGAUGCUGCUGUUGAGGCCUUGCAAUCUGUUUCCACUACGUAUGGAGUUUUCCAGUCUAUUUAUAGCUACUGGAAAGAAAAGCGUGAACGAUGGCUGAAGCCUGUUCUUCGGCGCUUGCAGCCACCUCCAUCGGUUAAUGAUACCAACCCCUAUAAUGUAUUCAGACCAAGGGAAAAGGCUCACAGACUUCACACUAGGAGGAUGCAAAGGAGGGAGAACAAUGUUCAAUCAUUUGAAAAACUUCGCCAGGUUAGGCGCAACCUUGAACAAGCAAAGUCCAUUCUUGACACUCUUGUCAAGAGGGAAGAGAAAAAACGAGACCUUAUGGAGAGUGAAAUUAGCCUUCAGAGGCUUCAAAUGCAACAUAAGAAUGAUACUGAGCUUCUAAAAGAUAUUUUCACUCUACACGGAUUUCAUUCAUUUCCAAGUAUGGCUGGCUCAAGUGAAGAUGAAUUUGUUGACUCAGAUGAUGCUGAUAUUUGCCACCCAUACAAUCAACCUUCUGUGGCGGUACAUAAUCUUCCUUCCAUGGACCCAAAGGUCAGGUUUGCUUCCACCGGGAGCAUGAGGAGAAAGUUCAAACAUCGUCAGGCCCCAACUGGGUGGCUCCACAACUUGGUACAGGGGGAACCUGUUUUACUGUUCACUAAGCCUCUGGAUCCCGAGUGUCUGGCAGCAGCUGGCAUUACAACGCCUCCACCUCCAUUAACUUCUUUGUCAACUCCAACCGCCUCCUCAUCUACACCCUCGUCUAACUUUCGCGGGCGAAUCGGCAGAGGUGGCAGGCUGGUGUUCGACAGGUGGAACCCACUUAUGCACGCGCCAAUCGAGUGUGGUGAUACUUUAUAUGUAGCACCAAAGCCUAGACAAGUUUCCCAUUUCUGAGUGGUACACAGUAUGUUUGCAGCUAUUGGUUAGAGUCUUAGAGAUGAACCAUUUUCAAGUUGGAAAAUUCAUUGUUUGUAAAAUGCUGGCAGUAUUGUCUGUAAAAUGCCGGCGGUGUGAAUCUUGUUGUCAUCCGUGGUGUGAGUGUGGUGGCAUCACCCUUUUAAGGUAGUGGGGCUUUUUUUUUUCUUUUUAAAGAUAGCACACUCAAUAUUCAAUAGUAAAGAUAUAUUAUCUGU